UUUGUUGAUAGCUCCAUACAUUCAAGGGCGGAAUGGAAUGAGACAGUUAUUUCCUUGUUGGGACCAACCGCAAUUAAAGGCCACAUUUAAUAUUUCAAUAAAACAUCCUCGCUCUUGUUCAGCUUUAUCAAAUAUGCCGAUAAAGUCCAUAAUCUCUGAUAGUCAUAAAGAUUCAUUACGCACAUACUUCUAUAUUACGCCUCCAAUGACCAUUUUCCAAAUUGCGAUAGUCUUGACUGAAUAUCAACGCUUUAGAGUUAACGAAAACAUUACUUUGUGGUGCGAUUGUGAUUCAAAAGGCUGGCGUGAAAAAUUUGAGUUUGCACGCAAAAUCAUAAACAAUAUUACAUUGCAGUUAAAAUCUGAAUUUGGAGGGAUAAAUAUUCCAAAAAUGGAUCACAUUGCGAUUCCAAAUUGUCCACAAGACGGCAUAUCGAAAUGGGGACUCAUAUUUCAUUCGGAAUCCAAUCUUAUUUAUGAUGAAACAUUGGAUCCAGUUAUACGCAAAAUGGAAGUCGCACGUUUAAUAGCACCUAAAAUAGCAUAUCAAUGGUUUAGUAACCUCCUCAGUUCAGAUUGGUCUUAUUUGUGGUUACACGAUGCUCUUGCUACUAUGUUCGGAGAAGAAGCUGUUGUUAAGAGCUUCAAUAAUUCUGAAAUUUUGGAUCUCUUCAUAAUUCAAAAUCAAUACGAAUCUCUUCAUCUGGAUUCUCAUUUUAAUAUGAAUCCUGUGGAAAUUACUUACUUAUCGGACAUUAGUUCAAUUUUCAGUUUUCCUCGUUAUAUGAAAGCAAUAAUUGUUUUACGGAUGUUCCAAAUUGCUAUUACUGAUGAAGUGUUUCGAAAUAAUGUCCAUGUAUAUGUAAGCAGACAGACGUUCAGUUCGAUAAUACCUUAUAAUUUUUGGUCCACGAAAGAAGAAUUAGAUGAAGCAUAUAACUGUAAUUUACCAUCAAAUGAGUUCUUAACUUGGAUCCAGUACAAACAUUAUCCUGUUGUAAUCUGGGAACAAUACGAACAUUCCCGAGUUAUAAAAAGAAUAUCGAAAAGUUAUAAUACAACGAGUUACGGAAAGUGGCUGAUACCCAUAACUUUAAGGGAAAUAUCAUCAUUAAAUGAAAAUAUGUGGAAAAUAUGUUUAAAACCAAAUAUUGGUUCUUCCGAGUUUCCCACAGCUAUUUUAAAUAAAUCUUGGAUGGUAAACAUUGAGCAAGCUGGUUACUAUCGAAUCAAAUAUGAUUCAAUAACCUGGGGAAACAUUGCAAAAUAUUUAAAUGACACAGCUGGAGAUUAUAAGAGUAUAAGUGUCAUCAAUCGUGCUAAAUUUAUUGAUGAUGCGUUUCAUUUGAUGAUGAAUCGUGAGCUCGAUGUAUCUGCAUUUUGGAAUCUCACGAAAUUCUUAUCGCAAGAAACAAAUUUCGUAGUGUGGUAUCCAAUGAUUAAAGGGUUUGAAUAUAUGUCGAAUUUAAUUCCACUUUCCAGAGAAGAAAUUGAGUUCGCCGAUAUUAUGGAGAAAUUAAAAAAAUUGUUGGAAAAACCACUGAAGACACUAGGAUAUGAAGAACAUUUGGUGGAAAAUGACUUUGUUAAAUAUUUAAGACAAGAAAUUGUGAAAUGGGCAUGUAUUUUCCAAUUCGAUGAGUGCAAACAAUCAGCUUUUCGUAAAUUAAUGCAACAUCUCGGAAAUCCUGAAAUAAAUCCCCUCUUACCAUGGUGGAAGCACUGGACAUAUUGCAAUGGUGUUGCAGUAACUUAUUCAUUUACGUGGACACAUAUAGGAGAUACAUGGUUCAAAGCACGUAAUCAUACGUUGCUACCCUUCUUAACUUGUUUUAGGAAUGCUACUCCAAAUACUACUUCUUCAUUAUUAUCGGAACGUUUCCAAGAGGAAGGGCAACAAGACAUUACGAAUAUUCGUUCGUACAUAAACAUUUUUCAUUCAGUUAUUGCAAAAUAUUCUAACACACAUGACAUACUCGAGAUGAUAUUUAGAAAGCUCGAGAUUAUGAAACCUGAACAAAUGAGCUUGUUAACAGCGCUGGUCGAUAUCAUUAACCAUGUAUAUUCUUCCAAAUAUCUUAUUAAGAUUCAAGAUGAUUAUAUAAAUUCACUUUCCUUUAGAGGUUACAUAAAUAAAUCACAACUUUUGCUAAUUCAAAGUAAGAUAUCCAUCCGAUUGUCAGAAAUUGCCGCUCAAACACUAUAUUUUCGAUUUAUAAGCGAUCUUUAA